AUACAGUGUCUCUCCAUGUUGUUCCUGACGGACAGCCCUCGCCCUGAGGACAGGUUUUACGACAGUGCUGUGAAACGGCGGCGCCAAACUGUUGGCUUUGCGGGGACGCGUGUUGUAGUUGUUGUGGUGGAGUCGGCGGCAGCGUUCGGCCUCCCGGGCCCGGGCACCAUGACUCUGGCUCCGAAGGAGCUGAGCAGCCUGAUCGGCAUCAUCUGUGAGGAAGCGACCAGUAACACCUUCGAGGGCCUCUCCACCGCCUUCCAUCACUACUUCGCCAAGCAUGACCAUUUCCGAGUCGGCUCCACGCUCGUCAUGUUGCUGCAACAAGCCGACCUGCUGCCCAGCCCCCAGCAGCGGCUCACCGCCCUCUACCUGCUCUGGGAGAUGUACCGCACCGAGCCGCUCGCCGCCAACCCCUUCGCCGCUGUCUUCGCCCAUCUCCUUAACGCCGCGCCGGUGGCCGAGGAGCAGGAGAAACAGCUGCUGGGAUUCUUGCCACCAAUUACUCCACCUGAGAAAUUUUUUCUUUCUCAGUUGAUGUUGGCUCCUCCAAGAGAGCUGUUUAAGAAAACUCCUCGUCAGAUUGCAUGUAUGGAUGUGGGUAACAUGCCUCAGUCUGUAGAUAUUAGUGGCCUGCAGUUGGCCUUGGCUGAGCGCCAGUCUGAAUUACCAACUCAAAGCAAAGCCAGUUUUCCAAGCAUACUCCCUGAUCCUGAUCCUGACUCUUCCAACUCUGGAUUUGACAGUUCUGUCGCUACUCAGAUUAUAGAGGCUUUAGUGAGUGGACCAAGGCCACCAAUAGAAAGUCAUUUUCGGCCAGAGUUCAUUCGGCCUGCUCCUCCACUUCAUGUGUGUGAGGAUGAACUAGCUUGGCUGAACCCAACGGAACCUGACCAUACAAUCCAGUGGGAUAAAACCAUGUGUGUUAAAAACAGCACAGGGGUGGAAAUCAAACGCAUCAUGGCAAAGGCUUUCAAGAGUCCAUUAUCUGCACAGCAGCAAACACAGCUCCUUGGUGAAUUAGAAAAAGAUCCAAAGCUAGUUUACCACAUUGGUCUGACUCCUGUCAAGCUGCCUGAUCUGGUAGAAAAUAAUCCUUUGGUUGCCAUAGAGAUGUUACUGAAGCUAAUGCAGUCGAGCCAGAUUACAGAAUAUUUUUCUGUACUUGUGAAUAUGGAUAUGUCCCUUCAUUCUAUGGAAGUUGUAAAUAGGUUAACCACUGCUGUUGAUCUUCCUCCAGAAUUUAUUCACCUCUAUAUUUCAAAUUGUAUCUCCACUUGUGAGCAGAUCAAAGAUAAAUACAUGCAGAACCGUUUGGUACGUCUUGUUUGUGUCUUCCUCCAGUCUUUAAUCAGAAACAAAAUAAUCAACGUCCAGGACUUGUUCAUCGAAGUGCAGGCCUUCUGCAUUGAGUUCAGCCGAAUACGAGAAGCGGCUGGCCUAUUCCGAUUACUGAAAACACUGGAUACCGGAGAAAAUCCUUCAGAAGCAAAAUCAUCAAAAUAAUACAAGGCAGAGUUUAAACUUUCAAAAGACUGGAAAGGCAUUUGUCGUGUGUUGGAAUCAUUUCUGUGAUUUCAGUGCAUAAUUGAAAGAUAUUUAGUUUUGUUUAAAAACAGUAAGCCUUUCUUAGCCACUCAGUUUGCCCAAAUGGGACCGGACUUACUUAUUUUCUUGUUAUACAAGUGUGCAAGCCAAUUCUGAUGAGCAUCUUGGUCACUUUUCAAGGUAGUGUUGUUGCACAGCAAUGCACCAUCACUUUAGUGACUCCUAUUUAAUUUGUGUUAAGGUAUGCUUUCUAUAAGAGAAAACUAUGUUAACCAGUUUAUUUCUGUUCUCUAUCCUAUGUAUUAUACAUACUUCAUAUUAUUAAAUACAUCAGCAGACAGCAUUAGGUAAAAUACAAAAGUAACUGAAUUUGUGCACCAUGUUUGGAUUGAAGUUCAUGAAUGUUAAUUAUGAAGUCUUUGUUUUAAUUAAAAUGCUGAAAAAUGAAGCAAUCAAAACUUUUGAUUACUGACGCUUAAAUUAAGAUUUGAAGGAAAUUUUGUGGUGCUGGCCUAACAGUUGAAAUUGGUGCAGGGAAUCCUUCUGCAAACAAUUCCCACAAAGUGAUUAUGCAAAUUUACGGCCACCAGUUUCAAUAGUAAUGACCCUCCAAUAUGUCCCAGGAUGUGGGUUGAAAUGGGAAUAGGGAGGGUGGUGUUCAUUGCAUGCUCGUGCCUAUUGAAAUUGCUUUGAAGAGGUGAAUAGCAAAUAUUUACUAUGAGUGUGGCCACUAUUGGGUUAAACACAUACACAGCCUAGAGAAACAUUCCUUGUUCUGAGUUUAGCCCUCCUUCUGACAAGAGAUCUUAACAGUGGCAUUAACCCUGUUCUUGUGAAUUGGAAGGGAAAUUAUCUACAGAAGUAGAAGAUUUACUUCAGUUGUACAGGAUAUUGGAGAGACUAUAUCUGGAUAGUAUUGGUUUUCCUACUUUAAGAAGGAUACAAAUGUGUAGUUGGCAAUUCAACGAUGGUUUAUUAGACUAAUAUCUUGAAUGGUUGAGUUGUCUUAUGAGCUAGCCUAGGCUAGUUAGGUCAGACUCAAUUUAUAGCUGUUGGGAUUCAGAAGUAAAAGAGGCAACUUGGUUGUCAAGACCUGUCAGGAUCUUGUAUGUUUCACUGUGCAAGUGGAAAGCAUGUUUCCUAUUGUAGGAGAAUCUAAAGGAGUUAAUGUUUAAAAAUAAGAGGUUGACCAUGCGGAUGCUGCAAAAACACCAGGUUAGCCAUUUAGGACUGAAGCGAGAAAUUUCUUCACACCAAAGAAUUUUUGAAUUUUUGUAAUUUUCUACCUCCAAGAGCUCCAGUUGUACAUAUUCAAGAUGGAGAUGAGAAUAUGGAGAUUUUAUGGAAUGGUGAAGUUGAGGUUACACAUCAACCAUGAAUUUAUUGAACAGUGGAGCAGAAUCCAUAGCCUAUUCCAACUUCUAGCUCUUAAGGCCACAUCUUUUUCCAUCUCAAGAUUUCAUCUAAAUGUGCCACCUAUGUAUUUUCCAAAUCAACUGUACCACUUCCCAACCUAAUGCAGGCUCACAUAUCUAACUAGCAUAUGCAAUGCCAUAGAUCAGUUAUUUCAGAUAUUAAAAUAUCAAUUUGAGCACUUGAAUCAUUACAAUUACAGUUUUACAAUGAAACUUAAUUUAGCUUUGACAAGAAAGAUGUGAGUGUGAAACAUGAUAAAAGCUGAUUUUAGAU